AUGACCCGAUCAGCCGGUGGAGAUGAUGCAGCUGCUUUAGUUGAGGUUGUCAUUGCCAAUUUCCUAGGUCCGUUCAUCACGGCCGGUUGGACUGUCACUUUGCUACCCACUACCGCUGAAUUCGAUCCGUGGAGGCAAGCGAACGGAGAUUUAAGUGAGAUGUACAAGGAUGUAUUCAAACAGUUAGGCCUCAGCGCACUUUUGCCCCUAGUAAUAGGACAGCUGGUGCGUUGGGCCUGGCCAGAGCAGACGGAACGAGUGAUGCAGACGUAUCGGAUCGCGAAGCUUGGAUCCGCUUGUUUACUGCUGAUUGUUUGUGUCCUGUUCGUGGUCUUCUUCAACAUCGCGCUGUACAUUGCCCUCACUGCCGUAUGUUUCGUCCUUUCACGGCCACCGGAAGUACUGUCGGUCAAUAGGUUCGGCAUGCGACACAUAUUCAAGCGCAUAACCCCCGAGGAGACGAUUGCAGUCUGCUUCUGUGGUCCCGCAAAGAGCACCGCGCUGGGCAUUCCCCUGUUAUAUGCCAUGUGGUCUCCAGUUGACCUUUACACCAAGGCAAGAACCUCGGUACCUGUGUUGCUGUAUACGACGGAGCAGAUCUGUAUAGCACACUUUUUUGUUCAUGCCCUGCAAAGGUGGCAUAAGAAUCUAAACAAGAAACAGGAUGUUGAGACAAUCGGCGACCAUGUCAAUUCUUCCAGAAUGACUGUGCUUUCACUUGCGGACGAACCGUUAGACCAUAAAGGCGUGGAUAGAUGCAAUGAUUAA